AUGAGAGAAGUCUACUUAACCUUCGAAGAAAUUCAGGCGGCGAUCGAAGUACUACAAGAAGACGCUGAUCACGAAACUGAGCGCUUCGAAGUGGAGGAGCGAUACAUAGAAACCAGUGUUACAACGGACAAAUGGCUGACCGAAUCCCAGCCGCCAGAACCCAACGUCGCCGCAGCAGCCAGUUGCUGCACCCCUGCACCGUCAUCAACAGGACUGCAGGUAAACUUACCGAAGGCUGAUCUACCAAACUUUAGUGGUAAAUUCGAAGAAUGGCUAUCGUUCAAGGACAAAUUCACAUCGAUGAUCGAUAGUCAAGAUGCCUUCAGUAAGGUACAAAAAUUCCAUUAUUUGCGAUCAGCUCUGUCGGGUGAAGCUGCGAAGGUCAUCGCAGCCAUGGAAACGACAGAGCAGAAUUAUAGCAAGGCUUGGCAACUGCUCCAAGAUACCUAUGCUAACGAAGGUCUGAUUAUUGCACGCCACACCGAUCUCUUGGUCGAAACGCCGUCAGUAGAACAAGAGACAGCUGCAGGACUCCGCGACUUCGUGAGUCACGUCUUGCAGCAUUUGAGAUCGCUGACCACACUCAACGUUCCAGUCGAACACUGGGAUCAUCUCCUGAUGUCAAUUCUGCUGCCCAAGCUCGCGCAGCAGACUAGGAUGGCGUACGACAGCACGCUGAAGGAUAAGGAGACGCCAAAGAUUAGCGGUCUCAUGGAAUUCCUCCGCCAACGAUCACGGAGGCUGGAGACGACCGCGACCAGUAGGACAAACACCCAAACCAGCAGAGCAUCACCAAGGGUAUCACCCACGCCGCAGAGAAGACAAACAAAGAGAAUUCCCAACAUUUCUUCGAGGAAGAAUUCUAAAGUCUUCGUCACCACCACGCCAUUAAAAAAUUGCGCGUUGUGUAAAGACAAGGCGCAUACGAUACAUCGCUGCGAAGAAUUCCACGCGCUAUCCGUCGGCGAAAGAAUCAACGCGGCAAGGAAGGAAAAAUUGUGCUUUAAGUGCCUUCGGACUGGACAUUCAACCCAAGAGUGUACUUCGUCCCAGUGCAGGAUCUGCAACUUGGAACACAACACACUCCUACAUCUGCCGAGAAGUGGGAGAAGAUCGCCGACGCCACCGAAGAAGCAUGGAUCGACGACAGCUGCGGCAGCCACCAGCGCAACAUGA